AUGCGGUUGAAGUUGUUGGAGCAAACUAAUCAGUUGCCUCAUUCACAUCGCUUUGCAAAUGGUCAUGUACAAUAUGAAUCUAUCUAUCUAUCUAUCUAUCUAUCUAUCUAUCUAUCUAUCUAUCUAUCUAUCUAUCUAUCUAUCUCAGUUCAUAUCUAUUUAGCAAUCUUACUUCAUAUCUAUCUAUCUAUCUAUCUAUCUAUCUAUCUAUCUAUCUAUCUAUCUCAAUCAGUUCAUAUCUAUCUAUCUAUCUCAAUCAGUUCAUAUUUAUUUAGCAAUCUUAGUUCAUAUCUAUCUAUCUAUCUAUCUCAAACAGUUCAUAUUUAUUUAGCAAUCUCAGUUCAAAUCUAUCUAUCUAUCUAUCUAUCUAUCUAUCUAUCUAUCUAUCUAUCUAUCUAUCUAUCUAUUUCAAUCAGUUCAUAUCUAUUUAGCAAUCUCAGUUCAUAUCUAUCUAUCUAUCCAUCUAUUUAUCUAUCUAUCUAUCUAUCUAUCUAUCUAUCUAUCUAUCUAUCUAUCUAUCUCAGUCAGCUCAUAUCUAUAUAG